AGCCCCGGCGGAGGAUGCCGCCGGGCUCCCGCCGGUCCUGAGGACCGCAGCACGGGAGGAUGAACGUCGCGGCGCGUCUGUCUCUGCUGCUCAGCUGCUGGACUCUAGUCCAGAUCCCCCGCCCGGUCACGGGCUCCCGGACCCGGACCAGGACCAGGACCGGAGCCGCCGAGCUCGGCUCCAGGGCGCCCGAGCCCCGACCGGCCGCUUCGGCCGCCGCGGCUGCGCACCAGCCCCCCCCGCAGGGCGCACGGCCGGCCCGCCCCCGCCGGCAGCCCCCGUUGGUCCCCCCGCGGGGGCCCCCGGUGGUCCCCCACGACUACAUGCUGGCCCUGUACUGGUCCCGGUCCCGUGGGGCUGGGAACGGAAGCGAGCACCGGGACGGGCUGGCAAACACCAUCACCAGUUUGGUGGACAAAGGACAAGACGAGCGCGGGCCGGUCCUGCGCCGCCAGCGCUACCACUUCAACAUCAGCUCCCUGGAACUGGACGGCCUGUUGGGGGCGGAGCUCCGCAUCCUGAGGAAGCGGGUCGUAGAUCAUCGCCGGGCUGUGAUUGGAGGAGGGGGCGGGGCCUGGGCCCCCCACCUGAAGCUGCUCACCUGCCCGUCGCUGAGGAACAAGAGCGUCCUGCUGCAGACGAGGACGGUGGACGAGCUGCUGGGCGGACUGGCCAACACGUGGGAGGUGUUUGACAUUCACAAGGCCCUCCGGGGUUCCAGGAACCAGGACCAGGUCUGCCUGGAGCUGGAGGCCCCGGAGCCCCGGGGGGGCCGGGGGGGCCACGCCCUGGACCUGCGGGGCCUGGGCUUCGGACGGCCCGGCAGGGCCACCAAGGAGAAGGCCUUCCUGCUGGCCUUCGGCAGGAGCCGGAAGCGCGAGCUCUUCUACAACGAGAUCAAGGCUCGGCGUUCGGGCGGCGACGACCAAACGAUGUUUGAGUUUCUGUUCGCCCAGCGCCGCCUGAGACGGGCCCCUAAGAUGACCGCCAAGAUGGCCCCCAAGAGGGCCCCCCCGAGGCCCCAGGCGGCCCCGAGGCCGGCCCUGCAGGCCCCGAGGCCACGAUGCCACCGCCAACGCCUCCACGUCGACUUCAAGGCCCUGGGCUGGGACGACUGGAUCAUUGCGCCGCUGCGCUACGACGCCUUCCGCUGCGGCGGCGCCUGCCACUUCCCGCUGCGCUCGCACCUGGAGCCGAGCAACCACGCGGUGAUCCAGACGCUGCUCAACUCGCUGGACCCGGAGAAGUCGCCGCCCGCCUGCUGCAGCCCGACCCGGCUCGGCCCCAUCAGCAUCCUCUACGCCGACGCGGCUAGCAACGUGGUCUACAAGCAGUACGAGGACAUGGUGGUGGAGGCCUGCGGCUGCCGCUAGCAGCAGCUAGCAGUAGCUAGCGGGACGAGGACAUGGUGGUGGAGGCCUGCGGCUGCCGCUAGCGGGUAGCAGCAGCUAGUAGCAGCUAGCGGGACGAGGACAUGGUGGUGGAGGCCUGCGGCUGCCGCUAGCAGCAGCUAGCACGACGAGGACAUGGUGGUGGAGGCCUGCGGCUGCCGCUAGCAGCAGCUAGCAGCAGCUAGCACGACGAGGACAUGGUGGUGGAGGCCUGCGGCUGCCGCUAGCGGGUAGCAGCAGCUAGUAGCAGCUAGCGGGACGAGGACAUGGUGGUGAACA